AUGGAAAUAGAGUAUGAGUGCAAGUACCCUUGUGUGGAACGUGCUACGAAAAUUUCCAUAUUCUGCUGCAGAAUAGCCCUUUUUACAAGGGUUUUACUGCUACGACCCCUAGAUUCCACAAAUGAGUUUUGACCUCCAGCUGUUUCGCGAUCAGGGAUACAGCUGUUUGCUAGAGGGUUAUUGUGCCAAUUGCCUGGGUAUCACUUUUGAAAGAAAGUGCAGUAA